AUGAAGAAGAUGUUUGGAAUGUCAUGUGGUGGCAAUGAUGAAGAAGCAGAUGAGAAAGAGAUUGAAACAAAGGACGAUGGCAGCCAAUACAGCUUAACAGGCAUUCUUCUUCCAUCUCUUGGUGCCACCGCCGCACGUGGCAGCCGGAGACCUAAGCUCCGCCGUUUCAUUAUCUCCCCUAGUAACCAUCGUUACAAACUUUGGGAGAGGUUUCUUGUGAUAUUGGUUUUCUACACAGCAUGGGUGUGUCCGUUUGAAUUUGGAUUCCUACUUGAGAAAUCAAAGGGUGCACUACUGAUUGUAAUGGACAAUGUUGUGAAUGUGAUUUUUGCUAUUGACAUUGUUCUCACCUUCUUCGUUGCCUACCUGGACAAAUCUUCUUAUUUGCUCAUUGACAACCCUAAGCUCAUUGCUUUGAGAUAUGCUAAGUCAUGGUUGAUCUUGGAUGUUAUGUCUACCAUUCCUUAUGAAGUUGUUUGCAUUGUGUUGCCGUCUUAUCUUCAAACCUAUGGCUACUUCAAUAUUCUCCGCCUUUGGCGCCUCCGUAGAGUCAGUGCCAUGUUUGCAAGAUUAGAAAAGGACAGGAAUUAUAACUACUUCUGGGUGCGCUGUUCAAAGCUUAUGUGUGUUACUCUAUUCUCAGUGCAUGUUGCUGCCUGCUUUUACUAUUUCAUUGCUGCACGGCGUGAACGAAAAUCUACAUGGCUUGGACUUGUUUCUGAUUCCUAUGACGACAGUUUGUGGGGCCGCUAUGUGACAUCAAUAUACUGGUCCAUUGUGACUCUUUCAUCUGUUGGUUAUGGUGAUCUGCAUCCUGUAAAUAUAACCGAAAUGACAUUUGACAUCUUCUAUAUGCUCUUUAAUCUUGGACUUACCGCGUAUCUGAUAGGAAACAUGACCAAUUUGGUUGUCCACCGGACUAAUAGAACUAAGAGAUAUAGAGACACUGUCCAAUCUGCCUCAUAUUUUGCCCAAAGGAACAAGCUACCUAUUCUUUUGCAAGAACAGAUAUUUGCUCAUUUGCUUAUGAAGUACAGAACUGAUUUAGAAGGACUGCAGCAGCAAGAGAUCCUUGAUUCCCUUCCAAAAGCCAUUCAUUCUAGCAUCUCAAACUACCUUUUCUAUUCACUUGUUGACAAAGUGUACUUGUUUCGUGGAGUGUCAAAUGACCUACUUUUUCAACUGGUCACGGAGAUGAAGGCAGAGUAUUUUCCUCCAAAGGAAGACGUGAUUUUGCAGAAUGAAGCACCAACUGACUUUUAUAUAAUGGUCACUGGAGCUGCUGAUCUUAUCAUUAAAAAGAAUGGAAUAGAACAGGUUGUUGGUGAGGCAAAGACAGGAGAUGUAGUUGGGGAAACAGGAGUACUAUGUUACAGGCCACAGCUGUUUACAGUUCGGACCAAGCGAUUGAGCCAGCUUCUGCGUUUGAAUCGAACUGCAUUUCUAAAUCUUGCUCAUUCAAAUGUUGGAGAUGGAACAAUAAUCAUGAAUAAUUUUCUUCAGCAUAUGCAUGAAUCAGGGGAUCCAGUGAAGCAAGGAAUUUUGGCAGAAACAGAGGCAAUGCUGGUUCGAGGCAAAAUGGAUUUGCCUAUCAGUUUAUUGUUUGCAGCUAACAGAGGUGACGAUAUAUUGCUGCUUAAGUUGCUGAAGAAGGGUUCAGAUCCAAAUGAAACAGAAAAGAAUGGAAAGACAGCACUGCAUAUUGCAGCUUCUAAAGGCAGUGACCAUUGUGUAGCUCUGCUUCUAGAAUAUGGAACUGAUCCCAACAUCCAAGAUUUAAAUGGAAGUGUCCCACUAUGGGAAGCAAUUAUGGGUAGGCAUGAAUCUGUCAUGAAACUUCUAGUAGACAACGGCGCAGACAUAUCAUCUGCUGAUGUUGGCCAUUUUGCAUGCACUGCUGUUGAGCAAAAUAACUUAGAAUUGCUCGAGUACAUUGUUCACUAUGGUGGGGACGUGACACGGUCCACAACCAAUGGAACCACUGCACUGCAUGCAGCAGUUUGUGAAGGGAAUGUUGAAAUAGUUAAGUUCCUUCUAGACCAAGGAGCAGACAUUGAUAAGCAAGAUGAUAAUGGCUGGACUCCAAGGGCAUUUGCAGAUCAUCAAUGCCAUGAAGAAAUACAAAAUAUAUUUCAGAAAAGAGGACAGAACAAAACACCUAGUGCUAUUCCUCAAGUAUCAAAGAAUGGAGAGUCCUAUGUUUGGAGGUGUCAAAGUGAACCCUUUAUGCCUGCCAUUCCACAAGGAAGCAUUCCACCUAAUCAAGAGUCGACAUGGUUUGAUAAUCGUCAGAGAAGAAGGGCCAGCCCUUUACGAAAUUCAUUUUUUGGAAUGAUGUCAGCUGCCAAACGUGACAAAAGAGAUUCCCCAACAUCUCAAAGCAGUCACACUACUACUCCAAAGGUGAAUGAAUUAUCAGCCAGAGUAACGCUUAGUUGUCCAGAAAAAGGUGAAAGUGCCAAAAAGCUUGUGUUUCUGCCAAAGUCCAUUGAAGAACUGCUACAUAUUGGUGCCCAAAAGUUUGACUUUUCUCCCACCAGAAUUUUGACCAAAGAAGGAGCUGAAGUUGAAGACAUAAACGUGAUAAGAGACGGUGAUCAUCUUAUUCUUGUACGGGACUGAACACUCAACAUAACUUUGCUAA